AUGAUUAAAAUUAGUUUUGUUGCUUUGUCGGCAAAACCGUGUAAUGCCAGCACAACCACACCAAAUUUUCAUUUACGGGAGAAACGAGCACCACCGUUUGCUCAAGGCGAUGAAUCAAUACCAAACCAUCUCGGCAAUUAUACCCACUCACACGAAGACGUUGCUGAAUCGACGUUUACCUGUACGGCCAUUAGCGAUUGCGACGUAUGCACGCCAUUUGAACAGAAAUCAGCACCUUAUUGUAUGGAGUAUGGAAACAAGGAACGCAUACGAUGUGAAUGGGAUGAUCCCGAUCUAGCCGAGAACUUGCGAAACCAGACCACAAUUUAUGAUUAUGAUGCUAUUUCAUUGCCCUCCUUUCGAGGUUGUCCGCACGUGAAGCGGAUUGAACACUGGAAAUUCAUCAAGUUUGAGACAAUCAAUUUGUUGGUUGCUGUCGCUGCGGUAUCAUUGGUUUUGUGGAGACAAAGGAAAUUGGCAAGGGAACAAUAUCAACGAUUGGUACAAAGGAUAGGCGUUCCUGUGUAA